AUGGAAAACGAUAAAGGUCAAUUAGUAUGUUUGAAAUCAAUGAAAUAAUUAGUUUAGGGACUAUAUUUUAUGUAACAAGAGAGUGAAGUCAUGUCAAAUUUGGAGAUCAUUUCGAAAUUUCAACAAUAAAGUUUGAAAAUUUAUUUUAAACUACGAAUCUACACAUUGAAGAAUCGAAGAUAACGACCAAAUCAUCUACAAGUGUGGUUCUCUAAGUCAACUUUGAUUGGAAGUCGUCUUAACCAAAUUAUUUGUCGUUAAUUCAGACUUCACGUUCCUAAGUAAUUUGAAAAUAUGAAAUAUUUAGGAAUGUUUCACUUGUAUUACAUCCAACAUAGUUCCAAAGUCAUUUUCACAAGUAUUCAAAUACUAACUAUUUAUUCUUAGGUUGAAUUAUAUGUUCCAAGAAAAUGUUCUGCUACCAACAGAAUCAUCAAAGCUAAAGAUCAUGCUUCAGUUCAAAUUUCAAUUGCUAAAGUUGAUGAAGAAGGUAGAGCUAUUGUUGGUGACAACAUCACUUACGCUUUAAGUGGUUACGUUAGAGGUAGAGGUGAAGCUGAUGAUUCAUUAAACAGAUUAGCUCAACAAGAUGGUUUAUUAAAAAACGUCUGGACUUACUCACGUUAA